AGCGGCGGGGAGGGCCGGGCCGCGCCGCGCCGCCAAGAUGCUGCUGGACCUGUCGGAGGAGCACAGGGAGCACCUGGCCUUCCUGCCGCAAGUGGACAGCGCGGUGGUGGCGGAGUUCGGGCGCAUCGCCGUGGAGUUCCUGAGGCGGGGCUCGAACCCCAAGGUCUACGAAGGCGCGGCCAGAAAACUCGGCGUGAGCAGCAACACGGUGCAGCACGGGGUGGAGGGGCUGACCUACCUGCUGGCGGAGAGCUCCAAGCUCAUGAUUUCUGAGCUGGACUUCCAAGACUCCAUUUUUGUGCUGGGAUUCCCCGAGGAACUGAACACACUGUUGCUGCAGCUUUACCUGGACAACAGGAAGGAGAUCAGGGCCAUCCUGAGUGAGCUGGCCCCUGCCCUCACCACUUACCACAGCCUGGAGUGGCGGCUGGAUGUGCAGCUGGCCAGCCGGUGCCUGAGGCGGCAGAUCCGCCCGUCGGUGACCCUGAAGCUGCACCUGACCCGGGAUGGCGAGCGCAGCGCCCACGUCCUGCAGACGGACCCCGCCAUGCUGCUCCACGUCCUGCGGCAGCUGGAGCAGGCCCUGCAGGAGAUGCGCGGCCGCCACUGCCUCCGGGCGCUGCGCGGCAUCAAGUAGCCGAGGUCUCCGAGACCCCGAGGGCCGCGCCUGCCUUUGUCCGAUCCUUGGGGUGGCCACAGAGACCCCCAGAGGGCCUGUGUCUGACCCCUCCCCCCCAGCGCCAGCCAUUGUCCUUUCCGGCCCUCUGCCCAAUCCCUGGGGUGACCACAGAGAUUCCCCCAGAGGGCCCAUGUGUGACCCCCGUGUGUGACCCCCCAGCGCCAGACAUUGUCCUUCCCGGUCCUCCACCCUGGAAUUUUGAUACAAUCAGAUGCUUUUUGUUUUUCAGACGUGUAAAUAGCACAUUAACUACUUCUGUCUUCUGGAUGUGUGAAUGAUUCUGGGUUUGACCUCUUUUAUACUUCCUUCCUUCUUAACUUGUAUCUUUUCUUCCUUAUUCCUAGACAAAACUUGAUAAUAAAAUCCGCAGUGCGAUCGCUA